AUGGUAGUAUCAGAGGAACAGCCCCCAGCAGUGGAAGGAGAUGCGGCCGCCAGCAAGAAGGCGGCCAAGAAAGCUGCCAAAGCUGCUGAGAAGCAGCAGAAGAAAGCUGAACAUAAGGCUGCUUCCGGCCAACCACAAUCAGAAGCAACUGAGCCAGAUGUAUCAGAAGGCCGGUAUGGACAGCUGAAGCUGAUCCAGUCGUCUGGAGAACACAGGGACAGGGUGUACACAGAUGUAAAGGACCUCACUGUCAAGCUCAAUGGACAAAGCGUGUGGGUGAGAGCUCGACUCCAAACCUCCCGUGCUAAGGGCAAGCAGUGCUUCGCGGUGCUGCGACAGAGCAGUAGCACCGUGCAGUUGCUGGUCAGCGUCAGCGAGGAGAGAGCCGUCAGCAAGCAGAUGGUCAAGUUCACUGGCACUAUAACCAAAGAAUCGAUAAUUGACGUGUACGCGACAGUAGUGAAGACGUCCACUCCGAUAGAGUCGUGUACAGUGAGUGAUGUAGAGCUGGUCGCCGCGCAGGUGUGGCUGGUGUCGGCUGCGCGCGCGCAACUACCGCUGCAGAUCGAAGACGCGGCUAGACCCGAGAAAUCUGAUGACCCAGAAGCCUUAAAGAUCCGUGUGAAUCAAGACACGAGGUUGGACAACAGAGUACUGGACCUGCGUACUCCAGCCAACCAGGCUAUAUUCAGGCUGGAAGCAGGCGUCUGUAAGCUGUUCCGAGACCUGCUCACUCAGAGAGGGUUCGUUGAGAUCCACACGCCGAAGAUAAUAUCCGCGGCAUCAGAAGGUGGUGCCAAUGUGUUCACCGUGUCUUACUUCAAGUCGUCAGCAUACCUCGCGCAGAGCCCGCAGUUAUACAAGCAGAUGGCUAUCGCCGCUGACUUCGACAAGGUGUUCACAGUAGGCGCAGUGUUCCGCGCCGAGGACUCGAACACGCACCGUCACCUCACUGAGUUCGUGGGACUCGACCUGGAGAUGUCGUUCAAACAUCACUACCAUGAGGUGCUGUACACCAUCGCAGGGACCUUAACUGACAUGUUCCGGGGACUUAGAGACCAGUUCGCGGCGGAGAUAGCGACCGUAGGUCAGCAGUAUCGCGUGGAACCGUUCAAGUUCCUCGACCCUCCACUCCGGCUAGAGUUCCCGCAAGCUAUACAGAUGCUCAAGGAAGCUGGCGUUACAGUAGGUGAGGAAGACGAUCUCUCCACCCCUGACGAGAAGCUCCUCGGUCGUCUGGUCCGCGCGAAGUAUGACACCGACUUCUAUAUCCUGGACAAGUACCCGCUCGCCGUCAGACCAUUCUAUACCAUGCCGGAUCCCAAUAACCCGAAAGUCUCCAACUCGUACGACAUGUUCAUGCGCGGCGAGGAGAUCCUCAGUGGCGCGCAGAGGAUACACGACCCGGAGUUCCUCACUGAGAGGGCCAAACAUCACGGGAUCGACAUCAGCAAGAUAGCUGCGUACAUUGAAUCCUUCAGGCUGGGGUGUCCACCACACGCAGGCGGUGGUAUCGGCAUGGAGCGCGUAGUGAUGUUGUAUCUCGGCCUGGACAACAUCCGCAAAACUUCAAUGUUCCCGCGCGACCCCAAGCGAGUGACGCCGUGA